AUGCCACUAAAAGAAUCUAAACGAGUGCAAGCCAAAAGCAAAGCUCAAACGCGAGAAGGGCUCUGUCCAGAUUCUAUUGACGACGAUAUGACGCGAAUACCUGUGGCCAAAAAGUCGAAAACACGCGACAGCUAUCAUGGUUAUGCUCAGUUAAGGAAGAGAAACACGAAGGAUAAACAAGUUCAGGUGGUGGAAGCAGGAGACAGUAACGAGGAGGAGGAUAUCUCGGGUGAAAAUAAAAGAGGGUCGAAAAAGAGAAAGAAGAGUGGUAAUAAGAAGAAGGGUGAUAGUUCAACAUGUCAGCUGAUGUAUGAUGCGAGGUGCCUAAGCAGACGAUACGCGGAGAACUAUGAAGAAGCAUCGUCGAAUAAGGAGUGGAAAUGCCCAAAAUGUCGUGGAAAGUGUAACUGUUCAGUAUGUAGGAGGCGGCAAGGUCUACUACCAAUCGGAGUGUUCGAUUUUAGUCGAGACUCCCAUCAAGUCGAAACCUUAUUGAUGAAUGAUUCUAUUUAUAAUAAUCUAAUGUUGACGAUCGUAAUUGAGGAUAACAACAUCGAUUCAAUGCUAUCACACCAAGAGAAGAUCACUAAUGACCUGGAGACAUCCGAUUCGAUCGAUACCUUUGACAUCACAAGUCAAUUCCUCUAUCCGAUUGUCUACGUAAACAAUAAUAUCGAUUCCUAUAUUGAUCUGGGCGCGACUACUAAUAAUUAUGAUACUUCUUUUGGUCCCGAUUUUUAUCAAUCCAUCAACCCGUUUGAGAAUAGCAAUCACGCCUCCGGUUUAACAUUUCCAUUCGGAAAUACCCUCACCGACUAUUAUCCGAUGUCGAAUUCCCACUAUUACAAGCCAAUCGACGAUCCAUAUGUUGCUAUUGAUCAUAAUCCAACGAGAGUAAUCGCGGAAAAUACAUUCCCAUAUAAUCCAAUUUUCGAUAGCGAAUACUCUUACACAAACAAUAUUCAGAUCGAUAAACACAUUGAAGACAAUUUCAUUCCACUCAUCACUUUCAAUAAUAAUACCAGGUUCAUUUACCCGAUCUUUAAAAGUGAGAUCACUAUGAUUGAAGAUCCCGUCCAGCUCGUUAAGUUAGAUGACAUAUGCAAAAAUCCGUUCCGGGAAGAAACUGGAACCGAAGGUGAAGGCAAAGUUAAAAGCAAGCGUGAAGAAGACGAUGGUAUUGACUGGAGCAAGUUCCCGGACGGAGUUUGCGUCUACAUUCCUGCUCGGUCAUAA